CACUGAACGGUACGGUACGGAACGCCACACAGUACGCGGCACGGAAUCAUCAACGUUAGCCGCCGUCUGAAUGGGAUACCCCAUAGCAGCACCUUCACACAGACCUCUGACUAACCUUUUGCCGCCGUUUAAUUGUUGCUGCUGCUGCUGACCCAUGGCCCGGCCAAUGGAUGAUCGAGAGCGCGAGGCCAUCUUGCAGACUCUGCACCAGGAUGUGAUGGCGCUCAAGGAGAUGGUGCGGAAUCGGGAGAGCGAGCUGGUCAAGCUGCACCGGGAAAUACACAAGCUGAAGAGCGUGCUACAGCAGACCACCAACCAUCUGAAUGUCACCCGAAAAGAGCAGUCACCCACAAAGACAAAGCUCUACUCGCUGCCGGAGCAGUGUGGCGAGGUGAGCAGCAGCCAUGUGAAUGCACAUUUGUGCACGUCCUGCGGCAUGGUGCUGCCCAGCAAUCCAGAGUUUGCGAUGGAGGCGCUGUCGCUGGGUCCAGCAACAGGUACAGCAGCGGGAGGUACAGGAGCGGCUGCUGCGCCUGAGCUGCGACCUAAGCCCGUGCCAGCGGCCAUCAAGAAGCAGGGCGUCUCCGCCGAGAGCUGCGUGCAGUCCAUGCAGCAGUCCUACAGCGCACCAAUACCCAAAUACGAAAAGGAUUUCAGCGCCAAGCAACAGAUCAAAGAUGCCAUAAUGGACAAUGAUUUCCUCAAGAACAUCGACGCCUCGCAGGUGCGUGAGCUGGUGGAUUCCAUGUACUCCAAGAGCAUAGCCGCUGGCGAGUUUGUCAUACGCGAAGGCGAGGUGGGCGCCCAUCUGUACGUCUCGGCUGAAGGGGAAUUUGCGGUGAUGCAGAAUGGCAAAGUGCUGGACAAGAUGGGGCCGGGCAAGGCCUUUGGGGAGCUGGCGAUACUCUACAAUUGCACUCGCACCGCCUCCAUCCGCGUGCUGAGCGAAUCUCGUGUUUGGGUGCUGGAUCGGCGCGUCUUCCAGCAGAUUAUGAUGCGCACGGGCCUGCAGCGGAUUGAGAAUAGCGUCAAUUUUUUGCGCUCGGUGCCGCUGCUGCGGAAUCUCAGCGAUGAGCUGCUGGCCAAGAUCGCCGACGUCCUCGAGCUGGAGUUCUAUGCCGCCGGCACGUACAUCAUACGUCAGGGCACCGCCGGCGAUAGUUUCUUUCUCAUCUCGCAGGGCAAUGUGCGCGUGACACAAAAGCUGACGCCCAAUGCGCUGGAGGAGACGGAACUGAGGACACUCGCCCGCGGCGAUUACUUCGGCGAACAGGCGCUCAUCAAUGAGGACAAGCGAACGGCAAAUAUCAUCGCACUGUCGCCGGGCGUCGAGUGCCUCUCGCUGGAUCGCGACUCGUUCAAGCGGCUGAUUGGGGAUCUGUGUGAGCUGAAGGAGAAGGACUAUGGCGACGAGAGCCGCAUGCUGGCCAUGAAGGCGGCCGCCCACAGCGAUGAGGUGCUCGGCGCACAGGCGCAGCAGCAGGAGUUUCCCGAUCUGCGACUCACAGAUCUCGAGGUGGUCAGCACUUUGGGCAUAGGUGGCUUUGGACGCGUGGAGCUGGUCAAGGCGCACCAUCAGGGCCGCGUGGACACGUUCGCGUUGAAGUGCCUGAAGAAGCGGCACAUUGUGGACACCAAGCAGGAGGAGCACAUCUUCAGCGAGCGCCACAUCAUGCUCAGCUCCCGCUGUCCGUUCAUCUGCCGGCUGUAUCGCACCUUCCGCGAUGAGAAGUAUGUCUACAUGCUGCUGGAAGCGUGCAUGGGCGGUGAGAUCUGGACCAUGCUGCGUGAUCGUGGCUCCUUCGAGGACAAUGCCGCGCAGUUCAUCAUUGGCUGUGUGCUGCAGGCGUUCGAGUAUCUCCACGCGCGGGGCAUCAUCUAUCGCGAUCUGAAGCCUGAGAAUCUAAUGUUGGACGAGCGCGGCUACGUGAAGCUGGUGGACUUUGGCUUUGCCAAGCACAUUGGCACCAGUGCCAAGACGUGGACAUUCUGCGGCACACCAGAGUACGUCGCGCCCGAGAUUAUCCUCAACAAGGGCCACGAUCGUGCCGUGGACUACUGGGCGCUGGGCAUACUCAUCCACGAGCUGCUGAAUGGAACUCCUCCGUUUAGCGCCUCGGAUCCCAUGCAGACGUACAAUCUCAUUCUCAAGGGUAUUGACAUGAUUGACUUCCCGAAGCACAUCUCCCGCUGGGCCGUGCAGCUCAUUAAGCGCCUCUGCCGCGAUGUGCCCUCGGAGCGUUUGGGCUACCAAACCGGUGGCAUACAGGACAUCAAGAAGCACAAAUGGUUCCUUGGCUUUGACUGGGAUGGGCUGGCCAGCCAGCUGCUCAUACCGCCCUUUGUGCGGCCCAUUGCCCAUGCCACGGAUGUGCGCUACUUCGAUCGUUUUCCCUGCGAUCCCAAUGAGCCGCCGGACGAGCUCUCCGGCUGGGAUGCCGACUUCUAGCUUAAGCCACACUCUGUUGAUUUUUGCCAUUAAAAGUU